AUGCAGUCGUGGUUUAUGAACGGGAGAUAUAUGCUUACCAGGGAUGGCCACUACUUGGUCGCGAGCAGCUACCGAGCACUGCUGCAAAAUGGAGGGAAGCUGGAGUGUCACGAUCUGAUAUGGGGUAAGCUACUCCAACCUAAGCAUCGUUUCAUCUUGUGGCUGGUAGCACAAAAGAAAUUAUUGACCAAGGAUAGAAUGCUAGGUAUGGGAAUAGUUUGUGACUCUGCAAACUGUGUGUUGUGCGAUAAAGAUGAACUGGAGGACCAUACACAUUUGUUUGUGCAAUGUGAAUGGGCCAGGGCUGUUUGGAGGGACAUCGAGCAAUGGAUGGGGGAGCAGAUUCCUCAACAAGACACUAUGGGGACACUUAAAUAUAUCAAGAGAAGGCACUGGUGCAAAAUGAAAAGAGAAGUCAUAGCUGCUAUCCAUGGUUCGCUGAUCUAUUUUACUUGGCAAGCUAGGAAUUGGAAAAUAUUUAGGGGGAUAAGUGUGCAUACGGAUAGGGUCAUACAACAGAUACAAAGUGUUUUGCGAGAGAGGAUAGGAAUGUUUAUAGGAUCAAAAGAGGCAGGAAAAUGCAUAGGUUUUCUUGAGAAACUUUGUUAUUAG